GCUCUGUGAUAGUACCACAGUACGGUUGCAGUAAAAUUACAGUGUUUGUAUGGGGUAAAAAUAUCAUCCUAAAAUUUCUAGGAAAUACUAAAUAAAGAUCAAUGAAACUUACUCUGCAGUUAAUUGUUGUUGUCCUUAUUGCUCCAACGAAGUUUCGUGAUAAUUUGCAGUAAUUUGUUCAAAUUCACUCUAUCUACAAUAAUAAUAUACCUUGUAUAUUAUUAUUGUAGAUAGAGUGAAUUUGAACAAAUUACUGCAAAUUAUCACGAAACUUCGUUGGAGCAAUAAGGACAACAACAAUUAACUGCAGAGUAAGUUUCAUUGAUCUUUAUUUAGUAUUUCCUAGAAAUUUUAGGAUGAUAUUUUUACCCCAUACAAACACUGUAAUUUUACUGCAACCGUACUGUGGUACUAUCACAGAGCCUGGGUUACCUGUGGUCAUGCGAAACCUUCACGAAACAUCCAUGCAGCGCGCGAGUUAACUUUAUCCCGAUUCUAAAAAUAACUCGAGACGAAUUACCUAUGGAAUAGGGUGUGUAUGGGGGAUGCCUUCUCUGUCCCCUUUAUCCUCUCUUGGUCAGGUACAAGAGUUUAAAACCUCCCGCCUCCUGUAAUACCAGGGAAGAUGGGCCUCUGCUACCAGGGAAAUUUCGCGGCAGACUAAAUUUGAAUUACGAUAACUGAGAUUCUAACAUUCUCCAAAAAGUUAGACAAACAGGGAGCAAGAUGGCAAGAUGUUAUAUCAAACAAACACGCGUUCAUGUGAAUCAGAAAACACAACAAAAAUUCUAACGCCACGGAACCAAACUAAAUUCAGACAUAAGAACCAUGCAACAUAUUGAAACACAAGGAAAUUUUUUUGUUCACUUGGCCGGCUAAAUCCUUAGCCAAGUACUUUCCCAAUUGACAUCUAUGUAAUGGGAGACCGUCCUGGAUUUAUAAGGUUGUAGAUGUAGAAGAUAUGAUCUGAAUAGCUUCUGAAUCUAACAUAAAAACAAUCACAGCACCCUGUACUCUCUCACCGGUUUAGAGAAGCGAUAAAACCAAGGGUUCAGGAUCGAGAUUUGCUUUAGGACUUUCUCCUGAGAUAAUGCUUUAACUACACGCAGUAUGUUAUAGAUCUGAUAGAUCUUUUUUUCCCUUCUGCUAGGUGUUCUUCGAAUGUUGGAAGGACUGGAACUCAACAACAAAUCAAUCUCGCGACGGGAUGCCGAAUCAGAGGGAUUGUUGCUCACGAAAUAGGUAAUAAUAAUAAUGACAAUCUUUAUUGAGGAUGCCUACUUCACCCUAAAGUGCUUUACUGAAGGGUCCUCAUAUUCUCCUAUUCAUAUCAUAAUUUAUCAUUUUUUGAGUGACAGUUAAUUUAAAAGCACGUUUUCCCUAGAGCAAUUUCUUUUAACGUUUGUUGCUUCUAAGGACUACCAUUAGAAGAGAGUGGGCAGUGGCUGAUUGGUUUGAUAGAGGAAUUUUUUCUUUCGUUUUAAUUUUUUUUGUAGGACAUGCUCUCGGUUUGUUCCACGAACAGUCUCGUCCUGAUAGAGACUCUUUUGUUAGGAUAGAGACACAAAACAUACGAGAGGGUAAGAAAGUAACGGUCAUACCGUCAUUUUUUAUCGUUUAGUAAUGGAAUAAACACUAAAAUAUGGCGAUUAUUCCUAGGAACUCCAUGGGUCAGGCAACCCUAAAUUUCUUGGCACCCAGACCAAUUAAAUCAUUUACACAAUAAAAAUUAGAUGUGCCUUGCGCGGGUGCCCAAAACGUUUGUCGUUACGCCGAUUAUCAGGGAUAAUUGGGCACUACGAACCCUAACAUACCCCCGGGGAUACUCCCUAUAAUGGCAGUACAGGAAAGCUCCGCCUUUUUCAGGCUUCAGUUCGUAUUUUGAACGAGCACUUGUGCUCUUAGACGUUAACGAGGGUAAAUAAAUUAUUGAUUAUUGAUAUUGAUUGAGUUAUAUGAAAGGGUAGGGAUUUCUCGCGUUGAACUAUAUGAAAAAGCUAGCAGAUGCAUUUAAUAGCUGAUAAAAAGUCUAGAAAACGUUCUGGUUUUGUGAGUUAUUCAUAUUCACAAGCAGACAGUGAAUUUACAGCAGUUAAAGGCGGUACCAUUUGUCAAAUGAAAGGUAUAAUGAAGAGGAAUCGAAAAAUGGUCAAAACUGUCAAAAAUGGUAUAAAAAGAGUGAGCACUGUAAUUUUCAGGGAGUUGUCAUAACUCCUCUAGUGGGGCUAAUUUAACUCCUUACAGUGGAGUUAUUUUUCGUGGAGUUACUUUAACUCCAAAAAGGAGUUUAAAGAACUCUUUUUCAGGAGUAAAAGUGACCCCAGAUAUCGAGGAGUUAAAAUAACCCCAAAAAAGGAGUUAUCCUGUACCUAAAAUUUUUACUCCACUUUCAGAGUUAAAUUAACUCCAAAAAGAGUAAAAACAACCCAUGUAAGGAGUAAAAGUAACCCCAUUUCGGAGUCAUUUUAACUCCAGACUGGGAGUAAAAAGAACUCUUUUUCAGGAGUAAAAAUGACCCCAAAUUCGGAGUUAAAUUAGGAGUUAAAAUAACCCCAAAAAAGGGGUUAUCCUGUACCUAAAAUUUUUACUCCAUUUUUGGAGUUAUAAUAACUCCCUAAAAAUUACGGUGAGGGGAUGGACUUCGGGGCAGAGAAUCCCAGCAUAAAACUUUGCUGAGCACCCCCCCUCUCUCCCCCCCGGUCAAACGUUUUGCAUUGUACUCUUGUACUCCACGAAAGUUACGUACAGUGCAACCUCGAUAUAACGAACCUCUAUACAACGAAGUCCUCGGUAUAACGAACGAUUUUCGUUACCCCCCAAUAAUUAUAGUAAAAUAUAUGAAAAAGAAUCUCGAUAUAACGAAAACCUCGUUAUAGCAAAAACAUUUUGGAAGUCCCUUGACCCUUCGUUAUAUUGAGGUUCCACUGCACUUGUUUCUUUCUUAUCACAUUUUUACAGGUUUCGAAAACAAUUUUCUCAAGUACGACAAUGGUUUUAUUGAUUCCCUUGGGAGUCCCUACGAUUACGGAAGCGUGAUGCACUACGGAGACAAAUUUUUUUCUAAAAAUGGUCAGCCCACGAUUGUGGUUCUAACGCCUGGGGUAUGUUGCUAUUAAGGCUACCAGUUUAGUGCUCAAGAACAGGUGUAUUGAUAAUUUUAUUUUUCUGCAAUAUACCCUUAGUUUACGAUACAUGCCGUCUUUGCAAGCGCUUAAUGACUGAUGUGAUAAUAGCAAAUGUGACGUGGUGUUCAUCAGGGGAGCAAACAAGUGAAAAAUGCCUUUGCAAGAAAUCGUGAUCGAGUCUGUUUAUUCUAGACAACAGAAAAUAAAGACGUUUUCAUCUUAAAGACGAUAAUGGCAAAUAUCAUUAUGUAUGGAAGUGAUCGUUGUUAAUUUUUUGGAUACAGUAGCGACUGUAGAUGUCCCCACAGCAAACAAUAAUGACGUAAAACUUGUCGAAACUCGAACUGUACACUUCGCAUGACUAUUAAAUCGUUGUCUCGAUUUGUUAGAAUAAACAAACACGACCGCAAUUACUCGUGUUGGUAAAGAUUUUAUCACUUGCUCGCCCCCUGAAAUACCACGUGACACUGGCAAAGAUGGCGGGUAUCGGAAAUAAGAUCUCUUCACUUUAUUGCGGGCGACAAGAGGAACUCGCAAUCCUACCCCUCCGGUCGCCUACGCCAACAUUUCCCCCUUAGUGAGAAUUAAGUGUUAAUGUUGGCUUAGGGGAGGGGUAGGUGAGAACUUUACCAGAGACCUCAACUAAUUUGGUCUGAUUUGACCCUAAUAUGAAAUACAAGAUCUGGUCUUCAUGAAUAGGAAUUGAAAAGGCUGUAGUCGUCAAGAAGUUAAUUCCAUUCUUUAUUUGACUUUUUUCUUUUAGGCUGAAAUUGGACAAAGGAAUGGCCUAAGUGCAACUGAUGCGCAACAAGCAAACCUACUCUACCAGGCAUUGUGCGACGGU